UGUGUUUCCAAUACGACCGGAAGCGGCUUCACACAGGAAAUGCCACGUGUACCAAGUGCGCAUGCGCGCUCUCCGUGCUCCCGCUGGACUUCCGCUGGUGUAUCACCGUGACAUUAGUGAACGCGUCGAGCGAGAGAGCGCGUCACACGCCCGAGAGACGCUCGCCUACUGACCCGAGCGACCCUUCAGGAUGUCCAGCGGCGGCUUCGCGUCACAGAACGGCGCGGGAGGCUCGCACGCGAACGGUCCGUCACAGAACCCCGUUGGUGUUUUCUCCUCUAAUCAGGGCUUCAUGGCACCGCCGCAGCCGGGCUUCAACACCCUGCCCACCAAAGGUCCUCCGCCGGCGGGCCCGAGCCUCUACAGCAACAGCCAUCGCCAGCCUUCACCCGUCAGCACACCCAACCACAGGAGCACACUGCCCACCAACAGCUACCAGCAUCCUCCUCAGCCUCAGUAUCUUCAGCAGCAUCCUCCUCCUCCUCCACAGCAUCCUCAGCAGGGCCAGUAUCCUCCUCCUCAGCAGCAGUCCCAGCAUCCUCAGCAUCCUCCUCCUCCUCCACAGCAUCCUCAGCAGGGCCAGUAUCCUCCUCCUCAGCAGCAGUCCCAGCAUCCUCAGCAUCCUCCUCCUCCUCCACAGCAUCCUCAGCAGGGCCAGUAUCCUCCUCCUCAGCAGCAGUCCCAGCAUCCUCCUCCUCAUGCCCAGUAUCCUCUGCAGCAGCCCCAGAGUCCUCAGUCCGGCUGGAGCCCCGUCCCAUCAGUGAUGCAGCACAGUGCUCCUCCUGUCUUCCACAACACUACGCAGCCGCCCGCACCCUCUGUGACCGCUGGCCCUGCGCUGAAUGUGAUGUACGGUCCUCCUCGGUCCACAGCUGUGAGCGGGACACACAGCAACGGUCCUCUAACUGAGCGCUUGCUGAAACACGAGGCUGUGUGUCCUCGAUUGUCUGAAAGUGUGUGUUUGUCCUGUCCGUCUGCUCAGCUGAGCCCCUCGUUAGCGUCGUUAAGCCUGCAGUCUCCACCUCCAGAGGCUCUGAGGGCCGUUAACCUGCUUCAGGAGCGCAGUCUGCUUCCUCCAGGAGCCGUGUCUCCGCCGGUGCCCUGUCUGCCACAGGACCUGCAGAAGCUGAACGUCAGCCCAGAGGUUUUCCGCUCUACUCUGACCAGCAUCCCACAGACUCAGUCUCUGCUGAACAAAGCCAAGCUUCCCCUCGGCCUCCUGCUACACCCCUUCAAAGACCUCUCACAACUGCCUGUAGUGACGUCCAGUAACAUCGUACGCUGCCGCUCCUGUCGGACCUACAUCAACCCGUUCGUGACCUUCGUGGACGCUAGAAGAUGGAAGUGUAACCUGUGUCACCGAGUCAAUGAUGUUCCAGAGGAGUUCAUGUAUAAUCCGGUCAGCAGAUCGUAUGGAGUGCCUCACAAAAGACCCGAGGUGCAGAGCGCCACCAUCGAGUUCAUCGCCCCAUCUGAAUACAUGCUGAGGCCACCGCAGCCCGCCGUCUACCUCUUCGUCUUGGACGUGUCUCAUAACGCGGUGCAGACCGGAUAUCUGGACGUGGUCUGUCAGAUGCUCCUGGACAACCUGGACUCGCUUCCCGGAGACGCUCGGACGAAGAUCGGCUUCAUCACGUUCGACAGCAACAUCCACUUCUACAACCUGCAGGAAGGCCUGUCUCAGCCGCAGAUGCUCAUCGUGUCAGACGUCGACGAUGUGUUCCUGCCGACGCCGGACAGCCUUCUGGUCAACCGGAGCGAGUGCAGAGAGCUGCUGCAGGAUCUGCUGACGAGUCUGCCGCAGAUGUUCGCUCAGACGAUGGAGACUCAGUCUGCUCUGGGUCCGGCGCUGCAGGCCGCCUUCAAGCUGCUGUGUCCCACCGGAGGACGCAUGUCUGUGUUCCAGACGCAGCUGCCAACCCUCGGCAUCGGAGCGCUCCAGCCCAGAGAAGAGCCCAGCCAGAGAGCCAACACCAAGGACGUGCAGCAUCUGAGUCCUGCGACGGACUUUUAUAAGAAGCUGGCUCUGGACUGUUCUGGUCAUCAUGUGGCCGUGGAUCUGUUCCUGCUGAGCGCACAGUACUCUGACCUGUCCUCUCUGGGCUGUAUAUCCAGAUACUCAGCUGGAAGCGUCUAUUUCUACCCUUCAUACCACAAGCAGCACAACCCGGCUCAGACGGAGCGCCUCCAGAAGGAUCUGAAGAGAUACCUGACGCGUAAGAUCGGCUUUGAGGCGGUCAUGAGGAUCCGCUGCACUAAAGGUCUGUCCAUACACACCUUCCACGGGAACUUCUUCGUGCGCUCCACUGACCUGCUGUCUCUGCCCAAUGUGAACCCCGACGCCGGCUUCGCCGUGCAGAUGAGCAUCGAGGAGAACCUGCUGGACCUGCAGACCGUGUCCUUCCAGGCCGCUCUGCUCUACACCUCCAGCAAAGGAGAGCGGAGGAUCCGUGUGCACACGCUGUGUCUGCCCGUGGUCAACUCUCUGUCAGACAUCUUCGCUGGAGCUGAUGUCCAGGCCAUCACUGCUCUUCUGGCCAGCAUGGCUGUGGAUCGCUCUGUGACGGCGAGUCUGAGUGAUGCUCGUGAUGCUCUGAUCAACGCUGCCAUCGACUCUCUGGCCUCCUACCGCUCCUCGGUGCUGACCGUGCAGCAGCCCGGCCUGCUGGCCCCCGCCUGCCUGCGUCUGCUCCCGCUCUACAUCCUGGCCCUGCUCAAACACAAAGCCUUCCGGACGAGCGCCAGCACCCGGCUGGACGAGCGAGUGUUUGCCAUGGGUCAGCUGAAGCACCAGCCGCUGGCGUUCCUCAUGAUGAUGGUCCAUCCAGGCCUGUAUCGUGUGGACGAGCUGACCGAUGAGGGGGCUCUGAACAUCAACGAUCGCACGAUUCCUCAGCCCAGAGCUCUUCAGCUGUCCGUGGAGAAGCUCAGCAGAGACGCGGCGUUCCUCAUGGACUGCGGCACAGUCAUGUAUCUGUGGGUGGGCAGGAGCUGCAGCCCGGUGUUCCUCACAGAAGUGCUGGGAGCGGAGAGCUACGCUGCUGUUCCUCUCAACAUGAACCAGCUUCCAGAGCUGGACACGGCCAGAUCGUCUCGACUGCGAGCGUUCGUCGGCUGGCUGAGAGAACACCGGCCGUUCCACGCCGUCCUGCACGUCAUCAGAGACGAGUCUCCGCUCAAGGCUGAGUUCAUGCAGAACAUGAUCGAGGAUCUCAGUGAAUCCGCUCUCUCUUACUACGAGUUCCUCCUGCACCUACAGCAGCAGAUCUCCAAGUGAUCCCACAAUGCCCUGCUGC